CCCCACCCCAGCUCCCGCAUAGUCUCGCCCCGCGCAGAGCUUCGGGUAGAGGAGGUGGCCGGCCAGGCGCUUCCGGGAGCCAACCCCUGCCGUGCUGAGCUUCACGUUUGCGUGACUGAGCCCAAGGACAUAGGAGCCCCGCUCCCGGGUCAGUGUUGUAACUCAAAUGGGUGAUGAAAAGGACUCUUGGAAAGUGAAAACUUUAGAUGAAAUUCUCCAGGAAAAGAAACGAAGGAAGGAACAAGAGGAGAAAGCAGAGAUAAAACGCUUAAAAAAUUCUGAUGACCGGGAUUCCAAACGGGAUUCCCUUGAGGAGGGGGAGCUGAGAGAUCAUCGCAUGGAGAUCACAAUCAGGAAUUCACCGUACAGAAGAGAGGACUCUAUGGAAGAUAGAGGAGAGGAAGAUGACUCUCUUGCUAUCAAACCACCCCAACAAAUGUCUCGGAAGGAAAAGGCCCAUCACAGAAAAGAUGAAAAGAGAAAAGAAAAGCGUAGGCACCGUAGCCAUUCAGCAGAAGGAGGGAAGCACACCAGAGUAAAAGAGAAGGAAAGAGAACACGAACGUCGUAAGCGCCACCGAGAAGAACAAGACAAAGCCCGCCGGGAGUGGGAGAGACAGAAGCGGCGGGAGAUGGCAAGAGAGCACUCGCGGAGAGAGCGGGACCGCCUGGAGCAGUUAGAGAGGAAACGGGAGCGCGAGCGCAAGAUGAGGGAGCAGCAGAAGGAGCAGCGGGAGCAGAAGGAGCGGGAGCGGAGGGCGGAGGAGCGGCGCAAGGAGCGUGAGGCCCGCAGGGAAGUCUCUGCGCACCACCGCACACUGAGGGAGGACUAUGGUGACAAGGGGAAAGCCAGCCACUGGAGCCGCAGCCCUCUGCGGCCACCGCGGGAGCGCUUCGAGCUGGGAGAUGGCCGGAAGCCAGUGAAAGAAGAAAAAAUUGAAGAACGAGACCUGCUGUCUGACCUGCAGGACGUCAGUGAUAGCGAGAGGAAAACCAGCUCGGCCGGGUCCUCCUCAGCAGAGUCCGGCUCAGGCUCGGAGGAGGAGGAAGAGGAGGAGGAGGAGGAGGAGGAAGGAAGCACUAGUGAGGAGUCAGAAGAGGAGGAGGAGGAGGAGGAGGAAGAAGAGGAGGAGGAGGAAGAGACAGGGAGUAACUCCGAGGAGGCCUCCGAGCAGUCUGCAGAAGAAGUGAGUGAUGAAGAAAUGAGUGAAGAUGAAGAGCAAGAGAACGAAAACCACAUCAUGGUCGUUCCAGAGUCGCGAUUUGACCGAGACUCGGGGGACAGUGAAGAAGGGGAGGAAGAAGUGGGUGAGGGGACCCCACAGAGCAGCGCCCCAACUGAAGGCGACUACGUGCCUGACUCCCCAGCCCUGUCGCCCAUUGAGCUCAAGCAGGAGCUGCCCAAGUACCUGCCGGCCCUGCAGGGCUGCCGCAGUGUGGAGGAGUUCCAGUGUCUGAACAGGAUCGAGGAGGGCACCUAUGGCGUGGUCUACAGAGCGAAGGACAAGAAGACAGAUGAAAUUGUGGCUCUGAAGCGGUUGAAGAUGGAGAAGGAAAAGGAGGGCUUCCCGAUCACAUCUCUGAGAGAGAUCAACACCAUCCUCAAGGCCCAGCACCCCAAUAUUGUGACUGUCAGGGAGAUCGUUGUGGGCAGUAACAUGGACAAGAUCUAUAUCGUGAUGAAUUAUGUGGAACAUGACCUCAAAAGCCUGAUGGAGACCAUGAAGCAGCCUUUCCUGCCAGGGGAAGUGAAGACUCUCAUGAUCCAGCUGCUUCGUGGGGUGAAACACCUGCAUGACAACUGGAUCUUGCACCGGGACCUCAAGACGUCCAACCUGCUGCUGAGCCAUGCAGGCAUCCUCAAGGUGGGUGACUUUGGGCUGGCGCGGGAGUAUGGCUCACCCCUGAAGGCCUACACCCCUGUCGUGGUGACCCUGUGGUACCGUGCCCCAGAACUGCUGCUGGGUGCCAAGGAGUACUCCACGGCCGUUGACAUGUGGUCUGUGGGCUGCAUCUUUGGGGAGCUGCUGACACAGAAGCCCCUGUUCCCCGGGAAGUCAGAAAUUGAUCAGAUCAACAAAGUGUUUAAGGACCUAGGGACCCCCAGUGAGAAAAUUUGGCCAGGCUACAAUGAUCUUCCCGCAGUAAAGAAAAUGACCUUCAGCGAGUACCCCUACAACAACCUCCGCAAGCGUUUCGGGGCCUUGCUGUCAGACCAGGGCUUUGACCUCAUGAACAAAUUCCUGACCUACUUCCCUGGGAGGAGGAUCAACGCAGAGGACGGCCUCAAGCAUGAGUACUUCCGCGAGACCCCACUCCCCAUCGACCCUUCCAUGUUCCCCACAUGGCCUGCCAAGAGCGAGCAGCAGCGAGUGAAGCGCGGCACAAGCCCACGGCCACCGGAGGGUGGCCUUGGCUACAGCCAGCUGGGGGACGAUGACCUGAAGGAGACAGGCUUCCACCUCACCACCACCAACCAGGGGGCUUCGGCUGCUGGCCCUGGCUUCAGCCUCAAGUUCUGACACAGCGUCCGGGCCCAGCCGGCUGUGCCCAGCGAGUCCAGACCCAGCUCCUGUCCGCCUGGCCGCGGCUUCUGGGGCUGGAGGUGCCGAGUCGAGACACCAAAGUCUUGGACUCCUCAUCUUGGUUUUCCACCUUUUGUUUUUUAUAUUAUUUUGGUUUGUAAAUUUGUAGAAUUAAAUUGCAUUUUCCUCAUGGAGGGCAGGGCUGUGGUGUCCAAUAUUCCUGACCCUCCCCUAAGAAGGGUGGGGCAGGCAUCUGGCUGGUACAGUGGCACAGCCCUCCCAUGACCUGGCCUGCAGCAGGCUGAGGGUCCCCUGUUGUCAGCUGCAGGGGCCAACCCUGAGCCUGCCUGACAACCAGGUGCUCCCUGGGGACCCAGGCCCCCAUCCAAGGCCAGGCCUGGCUGCACACAGCACUGGCCACAGUGGGUUUUUAUACAUGCUGUUGUUACA